UUUGCAGGGGUCAAGAACCGGAGUGAGAAAUUAUAUAUUCAAGAAGAAAAUAAAGAUUACAAUUUAAAAAGGCAGGAAAAAGUCAAAGUGAAUGUUGUGUUUAUGGACCUCGAAAACUUCAUUCGUUUAUCAUACAUUUUCUAGACUUUUUUUAAGGUUGGUGGAGAAGCAGCAGUGGUCAUCAGACAAGGGUAGAGUCUAUCCUAAAUCAGACAUGGGCAAACUAUGGCCCUUUUGGCUUUCUAAUCCAGCCAACCAAACACUGGUACAAGGUAUGGUAAGAUGUCCAACCUUCUGUUUCAUGCAGUACAACAAAUCAACUGUAAUUUCUUUUGACGUCUGCUGCCAUUUGAUGUGCCAAAGAGUCAUCAGCGUUCAUAAUAAAAACACUACUUCUGUGAGUACAAAUACCUCCAGUAUGUCCAGUUAGUUCUUUGACAAAUAACAUGCUUUCCACUCAGUUAUUCAUAGCACACAGGAAAUACAGAGUUUUAUAACGCUCCCUCCCUCCUGAUGAUCUACCCAUUCCUACACCCUUGUUGCCAUGAGUACGCAGCAACAAACCACGCAGAGGUUUCUGCUUUAACUACAUGCACAUACACAUGGAACAAUCAGCGGUGAUAAGGAAUGUUUGUUUUUGUCUUCUAAUGAUGAGUAAAACAUUUUAAAUUAGAAUAAUUCUGAGCCAUGGACACCAAACACGACACACCAAAGUUUCCAUGGUACAAAGAGAGACUGCAGACCAAGUGUUUGAAAACAUCUACAAAUACUUGGACAGUGUUCAGUGGUCAGACUUGGUCAGAUGUGAGCCUGGGUAACCUCAGCUCAGCGUCAGUGUUCUCUGUGACUCAGAGUGGAGUCGCACCAGUCUUUUCAAAAGGUUUAAGUCCAAACUACAUCUCUCCUAAAAAGCCUGGAAACAAGGUCAACAAAGGUCACACCUGCGCCUCCAAGCACGAGCGUCAAAGAGAUCAUGUGACCGCAGUGGAGGAAGAACUCAGAAAACAUCCUUUAUCUACGUUCCCUCAUUAUAAGGAUCACAUGACUUCAGAGUUAUUUCUGAGGGUGGCAUCUGUUUUGGACCCCGAUCUGAUAGUAAACAUGUCCUCACUUCCUGCCGCUGAGGUAGAGCAUGAAGAGGAGGUCGACAAGGAAAACUGUACACAGCCAAAAAUCACGUCUGACACCCGACAUCCAAGUCCCAGAAACCCUCAUGUUCUACAAAUGAACAAGGGCUGCAUCAAAAAAAGUUGCAUGGUCAAAGUUAAAGCACAGGUGACUCUGAACGGCCACGAGGACAUGGAAGUGCUGACUAAUGUUUUCAAAAAAUGGUUUGUACCUCAGAGUGAAGACAGGUGUGACUGAAUAAGACUCAUGGGGACAGCUUCACACUAGUGUCCUAGAACAGCCUUCAUCGCCACAUUUCCUAUUCACGUGAGAGACACUCUCCCUCUCAAGUUAAAAAAAAAAAUCAAUUCCUCUUUGUUUAAUACUAAUAAGAAAAUAGCUGACACACACACAAACACACACACACUAAGUGCCACAUCAGAAACAGAAUAUAACCAGACAAUAACCAGGGGAACCAACAAACAAACACAUGACAUGUUGUUAGUCCAGAGACAAACUUAAACACAGGAAAUAGCACUGCACUUAGUCCAUGUAUACACAGCAGUUGAAUACAGGAACUGGUCCCAGACCACACAAAGAAAAAAAAAAUUCUGUUGAGUUUUGCCACAUUGAUUUAGAGUUCAUGUGUAACUGGUUCAUUUAGUUUAAGUCCUGAUGAGAACUUUCUGAGGAUUUGGUUGUAUCAGAUAAGGUAAGGAUGUUUCUGAUAAAAUGAUAUAAAA